AUGCGCGCCUCCAUCUCAGCUCUCCGCGGCCCCGUUGCCCGCCGCUGCUUCGGCACCACGACUCGUCUCGCCGCGUCGGAGAACGGGACCGGCGCCGCGGUCAACCCGCGCUGGUUCUCGGAGCUACAGGCACACAUUAAGCGUGUUGCCGGUCUCCAGCUUGACAGCGCCCAGAAGGAGGAGUUGAAGGGUCUGCGGGAGGCUGUUGACGGACAGUGGCUUGAGCUGCUUGCUGGCCGCGAGGGAUUCCUCACCGGGCCUGGGUGGAGGGGCUUGGAUAAGCACACUGUUACUUGGGGAGAUCAGGAUGCAAUGGUGAGAUUGAUCGCGAGACGUGUUGUUCGUCAUGUGAAUAACGUCGUCUACAACAAGUACGCCGAGUCCGCACGAGUAAACUGGCUGCGCAACUUCGCGACGACGGUGGACCCCGAGAACGCGGACGAAUGGAACCAGCUCAUGUCGCCCAAGGACAUUGGCCUGAUCAUGAGGAGCAUCAAGACGGACUACAAGUUUUGUCUUCUCAUCAUCGCCGGCUGGGGCCCGUCAAGCAAUUCGGCUCCGGACGCUCACGUUUCACAGCCAAUGGCCUACCCGGACAACGUCACCGUCCUGCACAAGCUCGCCGCCAAGCCGACCUACGAGUCGGACUUCGUCCUCCUGGAGGCCCUGCUGGUCUCAGACCGCCACCGCCGGCCCGCGGCGCGCUGCUUCGAGGACAUUGUCGUGUACGACUACAAGACCGCCAAGCGCACCGCGCUGAAGCCCUUCAUGGUUGACCGGCUGCGCGAGACGUACGAAGCGCAGGAGAGGAGCAAGCAGGAGUGCGAGGAGAAGAUCGAGGGGUUGGUGAAGGUUGUCGAGAGGCUUGAGAAAUCUGCGUGA